AUGUAUCAUCUUGCGACUGAGCUCUACUACUACGCCACUAGCAAAGAAGAAUACUCCGUCCUUCUUCUCGGCCUCGACAACGCCGGCAAAACCACCCUCCUCGAAAAGAUCAAAUCACUAUACCUCCCCAACGGGCCACUCCCGCCCAAAGCGGGCAGCACCAUCCCCACCGUCGGCCAGAACGUGUCGCUGAUCCCGCUCACCGCGCCCAGCAUCUACCUCAAGCUGUGGGACAUUGGCGGGCAGUCGACGCUGCGCAGCCUGUGGAAGUCGUACUACAGCUCGGCGCACGCCAUCGUGUUUGUCAUCGACUCGACGGACGUGCCGCGCAUCGAGAGCGAGGUGGUCGACGUGCUCAAGGAGGUUGUGGAGCACGAGGAGACGGAGGGCGUGCCGGUGCUUGUGCUGGCGAAUAAGCAGGACCGCGAUGAGAGUCUGGAGAUUGCGCAGCUGAAGGAGGUGGUGAAUCCGGUGAUUGUGAGCUUGGGCGCGAGGGAUAGUAGGGUGCUGCCGGUGUCGGCGUUGGAAGGGACGGGCGUGAAGGAGGCUGUGGAUUGGCUCAAGACGAGGGUCAUGUGGAACAAGGAGUCUCGGCCGCCGACGAUGCGCUGA